CCUUUUUUUCAGCGAUGGGGAGUACGUCAUGCUAUGUCAAGCCCCCAUUACCCACAGUCCAAUGGGCAUGCAGAGGCUGCUGUGAAGAAAGUCAAGUAUCUGAUCAUGAAGACAGCACCCAACGGAAAUAUUGACAGUGAGGAGUUUGACAGAGGAUUACUGGAGUUACAUAACACCCCAAACUUCACUGGUCGAUCUCCUGCUCAGAUUCUGUUUGGCAUGCCCCUUCGCUCAUGUGUGCCUGCCCACUCUAGUGCCUUCAUGAAGGAGUGGCAGACCAAGGCUGAGGACUGCGACCGUACUUCACAGAUCAAGAUGCUUCCUGAGAUCUCACCUGCAGGUGUUUCAUCUCGAGAGGCUCAAGAGGCCUCUUUGAGAAUGAACCAAGAAAGGUACAUUAGGGACAUUGUGGAAGAGUUGGAAGCUGCUUCCCGAGCCCUGAGGGAAUUCCGGUCGAAGUUCAUCUCUCAACUGGUGAGGGCAGAGGAUGGUCACAUUGUGUCGGAGCCGGGUCUCAUCAAGCUGCCCAAGCUACGACCGGGAUUGUCUCGCAAAGAGACAACCUGA